UUUUUCUCUUUUUGGCUGUGAAUAUUCCAAUCCUUCCUACUUCUAAUUGGUCAAUGUCAUCGCCCGCGUAAGAGAAAUGAAGAUUCUUCCCUCUCUUUGAAGUAUUCAAUUCUCAGAUUAGGAAGACUAGUUACUCUCUAGUUAGUUUAGGGUUUUUAUUUUUAUUUUUCUGAUUCCACCAUCAACCAUGGAUAUCCAGAAGAAGAGGGUGCAGUUACUCGUCUUCGUCGUUGGCAUCAUCGCUCUAAGCAUAACAGCUGAAAAAUGCAGGCAGCUUGUUGGUGAGGAGGGGUCAUCCCAAAGUGGGAAGUUCACAAUCUUAAAUUGCUUUGACAUGGGCUCCGGAACUUUAGCAUGUGCUGUUAAGGAAGGCGUGAAGCUCUAUUUUUACAAUCUUAGAUCUGCUCAUGUUGAAAGAGCAAGGCAACUUGCAAUCGAGUCUUCCCUUGCUGAUGCGGUGUCUCAGGGGAUGUCACCGGCAGACUCUGCAAAACAUGCACAAAAAGAGGGUAAGAAGGCAGCAAAACUGGCCUCUCGUAAAGCCAAACGCAUUAUAGGCCCUGUCAUCUCUUCUGGAUGGGACUUCUUUGAAGCCGUGUACUAUGGUGGUACAGUCACGGAGGGUUUCCUUAGGGGCACUGGUACAUUGUUUGGUGCAUAUGGGGGAGGGUUCCUUGGCGAGGAAAGGCUUGGUAGAUUCGGCUAUCUUGUUGGAAGUCACUUGGGGAGUUGGAUUGGUGGUAGAAUAGGACUCAUGGUAUAUGAUGUGAUCAAUGGAGUGCAGUUCUUGUUGAAUUUUGUUCAAACGGGAGAACUUGAAGUUUCUGAAAAAUCUGGAAAAGCCGAUUCAUUCUUCAAGGAAACUCCCGCUUAUGAUGACAGCUCUGAAAGUUCAAGUGUUUAUGAAUCAUCUCCCAGCGAACAAUCUAACACAUAUGAAUCUGAGUACCAGAGCUAUGAAAAAUAUGAAGAUUCUGAACUCUGAUGAUUUUUUGGGAGCUCUUUUAUAUAUUUAUAAUGGCUCAAACCACGGUUUGAUGAUAUCGAUUUUUUUUCUUCUUCAAUGUAUCUCUUUCAGUAUAGUGUACAAAUAUUGCUAGAACUAGAAGUAUCUUACCAUAUAUCAUAUAUACUCAUUUCAUUGUUGUCACGUGGAGUUAGAAUCAUGUCAUAAACCAUAACAGAAUAAGAGAGAUGUGGAUGUAAUUCUCUGUAAUGGGAUUUCUAGUUAUACCA